AUGGCAGAACAAAAUGUCAAAGUCAUUCCUGGGUUCGCAAUUACUGACAAACAGCUCGAGGAAGCCGCCGCUCUGUUUCGUGAUAACUAUGGAGUCUGGGGCAAGCAAACCAAGCGAGCAGGUCAGCGCGUGGCUUUGUCCCCCGCCCGCAUGCGAGACCAGUUACUACCUUCUACCGCAAAGACUUCUUAUGCUAGAGUGGUUGUCGAUGGGACCCUCGCAGGACAUGCUUUUGCUUGCAGAUGGAACCACAAGGACUUAACAAAAAACUUUCGCCACCUUGGACUUGCAACAACCCUCCUUAAUGCCCUAAGGUGCAGCACGGAUGAUAUCUACGGCAUCAUGAGUUCCCACCCUGCCGCUUGUCUUGCUGCGGCGAAGGCUUUUUGUGGUACCAUUAAGAGGGUUUCGCUCGAUUACAUUGGCAGGCAGGCGGAUGCAAUUCUGAAAAGCUCCCCUAUUCCCUACAUCCGCGAUGCGAAGCCGCGAGGCACUUUGUUCCAGCAUGAGAGUGAGAUGAUAUCUGGAGUCGACACGCGAUUCUUUGUCGAUCACGGUGAACCAAACACAGCUCUCGAAACAAUCAAGAAGGGCUUGCCGUGGCCUUUAGGGGACCUAGACGAAGGUCACGAAUUCCUCCUCAUUGCCCAAAAUAAUCGCCGAUCUAGUCAUCAGCUGCAGGCUGCAGCCACAGGCAAUAUGAGUACCUACUAA